UGUAUCACACUUACCCAAGAGCCAGCGUGUAACGGGGUUUAUAGCUCUACAGAGAGAGCAGGCUAGGAGAUGGUUGUAGGCAGUGAAAACUCAUUUUUGUGAGCUGAGCCCGUUAUAUAUGUUUUGUUCGGGAUUUCAUAGCGGUGCUGGCAAAAAUGUGUUCGGGUGUUGUGUAAUGUGUAGGAGAUAUUACUAUAUAAAGGACUUUAUAGGAAACAUUCUGUAGGUACAUUCACUAGUUAUAUGUUUGGUAAUUAUAUUAAGAAGAUAGGUCUAGAUCAGAAGUCUGGAAAGUGAUUGAGUGUUUUUAUAAGUAUUUUGAAAACUAUUUAUGUGUGGUAGAUUAUUUUUGCAUUAUGUCUUUUAAUUCUGCAUGAAGAGGUGAUAGGUAUGCAGUGUUGCUAUUUUGGUUGUGUUACAUUUCUUUAAUCGCGUGACUUUUAACAGAAACAAGUGCUAGUUUUUAAAGUUGAGGAAAAUUGUGUUGUACAAAAGAUGAUUGAUGUUCUACAAUGUAUUUAUAUUAACUUUUACAUCGAAUUGUAUAUGUGGGGUGUCUGCUGAUGUAGCAAAGUCUGCAGUGUUACAAAUUGUGGGUUUGGAAGGUUAUGGCUUUUAGGGUUCUGAUUUUGUUAAGCUGUGCACAGAGUAUCAGAUCUCAGAGAUGUAUCUGACUCGGAGGAAGCCAGCCCUGUACCUAAGAGAAGACAGCAGGUAACCCUUAAUUGGUCUGGUCUGUUGGGUAUCUUGCCCAGGAAAUGUAGCAUCUUCAAACUGUUUCUGAUUUGUCUGAUCAUUGGUUUCUUAUCUAUGCUGUGGCUGCAGCUUAGCUGCACAAGUGAUGUCAACAAACGGGGCCAACUAGAAGAAAUGUCUUAUCCAAAGUCCUGUCCCCAAGUCCCUAGAACUGUUAGUGAGGAUCCCUCAUGGGGUCCUCACCGUCUUGCUUUACUAGUUCCCUUUAGGGAGAGGUUUGAGGAGCUCCUAAGCUUUGUACCUUACAUGCACCAAUAUCUGUCUCAGAAGAAAAUAAGACACACUAUUUUUGUCAUCAAUCAAAUUGAUCAUUUCAGAUUUAACAGAGCAUCUUUAAUAAACGUGGGCUUCUUGGAAAGUGGAAAUGAUACAGACUACAUCGCUAUGCAUGAUGUUGACCUGCUACCUCUUAAUCCAGAUCUUGAUUACGGAUACCCAGAGAAGGGACCAUUUCACGUAGCUUCUCCAGAGCUGCAUCCUCUGUACCAUUACAAGACCUAUGUUGGGGGGAUAUUGCUGCUCACUAAACAGCAUUAUGAAAUGUGCAAUGGAAUGUCAAAUCGAUUUUGGGGAUGGGGUCGUGAAGAUGAUGAGUUUUACCGCAGGAUUAAAAGCUCAGGACUCAAGCUCUUGCGCCCAACUGGAAUCAACACUGGAUACCAAACAUUUCGCCAUAUACACGAUCCUGCGUGGAGAAAGCGAGACCAAAAGAGAAUUGCUUCUCAGAAGCAGGAGCAGUUUAAGGUGGACCGUGAUGGAGGCCUGCACUCUGUACAGUAUCGUGUUGAGUCUCGAACAGAGAUCAGUAUUGGGGGUGCUCCGUGCACUGUAUUGAAUGUUCUCCUUGAGUGUGACUUGAAUGAGAGUCCUUGGUGUGUUUUUAACUGAACUCAGAUUUCUCCAUCAGAACACUCCUGCAAAUGGGAUGCAAGUCUGUAGCUAACCAUGGAUUGUAUGAUGAUUUUUUUUAUAUACAUUAUAAUAAAAAGGUAAAAAAUCUUUUGGAUGCUGACCUUUUUACACUGUCAGAUGCUACAUAGACUGAACUUGCAGAUGCUUCCUAACCAGCAAAAGUUACAUUUAGCAACUUUGAUAUUUAAAUUAUAUUUUUAUUACUUGAAUAAAUCAAAAACACCUGAACAUAAUUUUACAUAUAAUAAGCAUGAAAAAUCCUGAGAGCUGCGACACCAUAGCUACCUAGAGGUUUAUCCCUAGUUCCUAUGUACAAAGAAAUUUGUAUGCUUCCUCUGAAGCGUGUAGGUGGCUACUCCAUCUUCUGCCUGGCUCCUAAGCUUGACAUUAAACUCAAAAUCUAAUUUGACAUGAAUUGUUCAAUUUUGCAUAGUUAAAAAUAAAAAACCAGCAACAA